GAUAGACCCGGAAAUUCGUUCGGUUUUUUUUUUUUCUGGAUCGGCCGUCCCAUUCCCCAAAAACUGCGGCGGCCCUGCUAUCUCCGACGAAAACCCUAACCACGCACCGCACACUACUCCGUCCCCUGAGCUGCAACUCUGACCGCGGCGGCGGCCGAUUCGCUGCCCGCCAUGGCCUCGACGGCGGCGCCGGUCGCCGGACGCCGAACUCAGUCGGUGCUCACGGACCUCCGCGACGAGCUCCUGGAGGAGAUUUUCCUCCGCCUGCCCACCCCGGCGGAGCUCGCGCGCGCCUCCUUCCGCCGCAUCAUCACCGAGCGCUCCUUCCUCCGCAGCUACCGCAAACGCCACCCGCCGCCGCUCCUGGGGUUCGUGGAUGACGAAGUUGGCUGUGGCUUCCACCCCGCCCAGGCGCCCCACCCCUCCGCCCCGCUCGCCCGUGCCCUCGCCGACGCAGCCGAUUUCACCUACUCCUUCGUCCCCAAACACGGCGAGGGGCACGUGUGGGUCCCGUGCGACGCCCGUGAUGGCCGUGUCCUUCUCGAAGACGGACAAAUUUGGGAGGCCUUCAGACACCUUGCCGUCUGCGAUCCAUUGUUUCGCCGCUACGCGCUGCUCCCACCCGUUCCGUGGAACCUGGCACUCCAGGAGAAAGGCACUGUACGAACCAAGUACUUACUCAUGCCCGUUGCCGAGGGUGAGGAUGAGACAUUGUUCAAGGUGAUAUGCUUGGCUAACUAUAAUACCAAGCUGGUUGCAUUUCUAUUCUCUUCCGUCACAGGAGAAUGGUGCAUAGCCGCAACUAUCAGCUGGAGCUCUUUGGGUAGCCAGAUGUGGCAACACUUCAGAGGUUGCGAAUACCGUGGCGUGUCCUGUUUUGACUGCGCGCGGCGCUCCUACUACUCGGCAUCGACUUUUAACGACAAGCUGCUUGUGUUGGACACAAGGAAAAUGGAGUUUUGCACUGUCGAUGAUCGUACUGGCUACCAUAUAAACCUCAGAUGUCUGCCUGGCCAGCACGAAGACGUUCUGGACAUCUAUGUGCCAUCCCGAUGCCGGCCUGGCCAGAGUAGAAGUCUGCCUCGCAUUGUUGUGGGUAGAGAAGGAGCCCUUGAGAUGUUUUCUCUUGUUGGUGAUCACACUCCAAAUGGCUCUUCAUCUCUAUCAUACCAGUCAGCAAAAUAAUGGCCAGUCUUCCAAGGAAUGGCAGCUGGAGAAUAUUAUACCGUUGCCCGGCAAGUAUGACUAUUUCACUGUGGGUGCAGCUGAGGGAUUCUUAUUCCUUGGAGCCACUACAGAAGAUCAGCUGGACAUUGUUGAAGGCGACCCUAUGAGCUUGUUGACGACUGAGUGGAAUGUAGAUUAUUUUGCAUUGGAUGUCAAGACUUCUGAACUUACUAAGGUUUGUAGGAGGAGGCAAUUCUUCCAUAAAGAAGAUGUUCACUGCUACUUUGGCUUCCCCCGGUCGUUGUCAAAACCGAGUAUAUGAUGAAGUGGGAUCAACUCGCUUUGCUUUUGGGGUUCUUGUACUUGGGCCAUGUAUCUGAUGCCUUUGAUGAAAUGGAGGAUGGGCAUGAUGGUGCUGAGAAAUAUGCUCACUGGAUAUAGCACUCAAGCCUUGGGAUAACUUGCAGAGCAUGUCUGAAGAAACGCAAGAAAAGGAGUGACCCGUUGACACAAGUUGCCAACCACCGAAUGAGUCAACAGUGUUGCACCUUGAAUCAAGAUCCAUCCAUGGAGCCAAUGCAAGAAAGAGUGCAGAUGUGGAUGCUCCUAUGGCUCGCCUUCUGCUUGCUCGAGCAUUCGCAUUCGCUGGUGUUUCCGUUCCCCAUGCCGUUCUUCGCCCCUUCCUACACCAACCAGCAAGACGUUGAUGCUGUGAACGAGCUGUACGCGUCACUGGGCUCGCCGGACCUUCGUGGUUGGGCUGCUUCGGGAGGAGACCCUUGCGAGGAGGCAUGGCAAGGGGUGCAGUGCCUCGGCCCCAACAUAACCGAAAUAGUACUCAAAGGCGUGGGUCUAGAAGGGAAGCUGAGCGAGGCACUCGGAGAGCUCACUGCUAUUACAAGAUUGGACCUGUCAUCAAACAACCUCGCCGGUGAGCUGCCGCAGUCAAUGGCAAUGCUCAAAUCCCUUUCGGCACUGCAUGUGCACAACAACAGGCUAACCGGGACACUCGAUGUGCUGCGUGAUCUUCCACUGAAAGACCUGAACGUGGAGAACAAUCAAUUUGCAGGAUCCAUCCCAAAGAAGAUGCUCAGCAUCCCAAAAUUUCUAAGAAACGGCAACCAUUUCACCCUUCCGAUCCCCGGUUCCUCUCCGACUCCGGCAAUGUCGUCUCCUUCUCCAGCUGCGCAUCCUCACAUUACUGUAAUUCCCGCAGUUACUCCACAGGACACUACACACGGCGGUGGUCUUCAGAGGCACGCCAACAAGGUUUCUCCGGCAAAGGCUGCCGGAUUCAGCAUUCUUGCUGCCAGUUUAUUAACCAUUGCUGUCGUUAUGACCAUGUUCGCAACCUCGAGACGGCGGCAGGAGAUGUCCACUUGGGAAGGGCACCUGAGGGCAAUUGUGAGGUGCGUGGCAAUCUGGACAAGGAAGCCUCCUAAGCUAGGUGCACCUGCCUACCCUGACAAACAACACGGUACAGUUGCUGCAAAUGACAUUGUGGGGAGCACUCUGGGAGAUUGCACAAAGGUGGCGGGUUUAUCGGCACAGACACCUCUCAAGAACUACAGCAUGUCAAGCAUUGUUUCAGAUAAGAAUGUUCAGUGCGGGUCAGAAGAAGGCAAACCCUUGACGGUUUCCUUCAAGUUCUUCACUGUUGCAUCUCUGCAACAGUGCACCAACAGCUUCAGCGAUGAGAAUUUUCUGCGAGAAACUCGGUUCGGCAAAAUCUAUCUAGCAGAGCGCCCAGAAUGCAAGUAUGCGGUGCUGAAGCUUCGCGACACGGCUACGAAAAUGGCGGCUGACGAGUUUUUGGAGAAUGUUCGGACCGUCGCCGAGCUUCGACACCCCAACAUAGAAGAGCUUGUGGGUUGCUGCAUGGAGCACGGACAGAGGCUGCUCGUGUACAAACAUUUCAGCGAACACACAUUGGACGACAUGAUCCACCGCGGCAGCAGCCACGCUGCCGAUCCCGGCAACAAGUUCCUGUGGGAAGCUCGGAUCGCCGUGGCCCUCGAGGCCGCCAAGGCUCUCGAGUACCUCCAUGAUGGCGGCGGCGGCCAGGAGGGACAUGUGGCCGUUGUCCACGGACAUUUCAGGCCGGAGCAUGUCCUUGUCGAUGGCGAGGCGCGGGUGCGCGUGUCCGGGUGCGGCCUCGCCCCAUUCGUGCCACCGUCAGCGUCAGGAGCUACUACGGACUGGCAUGACGACACACUGAGCUACGUCAGCCCGCCGGAAGAAGCGGCAACGACGGAGGCGGCCACAGGCCGCGACGUGUACUGCUUCGGUGUGGUGAUGCUGCAGCUCCUGACGGGGCGCAGGCCCUACGACAAUGUGCGGCCGCGAGGGGAGAGGCUGCUGGUGCCAUGGGCUGGCGCGCGGCUGCAUGACCUGAGCGCUCUGCGCAGGAUGGCCAACCCACGCCUCCGGGGCACGCCGGUGCCGGUCAGGUCCCUGUCACGGUUCGCGGACAUCAUCAGCAGAUGCGUGCAGCAGGAGGCCGAGUUCCGGCCGGCGAUGGCAGAGGUGGUGCAGGACCUGAUGGGCGCCACGGAAGAGGCGCGCAUGGCCGACUACUGCGGAGAGCUAUCGCCAGUGCCGGCAGAGUACCAACUUGUGUGAACUGCUCGCUCUGAUUGACAUACAAAACUGCCAAACAUGUCCUCACCAUUAGCAUAGAAUGCAUCUUCUAUGGUACUCACUAAGCCAUUUACUGUGCUGCAUUGCCUUUGAUCUCAGGCUGGACGCACUGUUUCAAGCAAAUUAUUUUUCCAGCAAAGGGGAAUUCUUGGGUUUGAUUU